CGUUUUAGAUGAGGUUUCGAAAGAGAAUGACAUAAGAUAAAAGAGAAUCAUACUCGGAAGCUUUUAGAAGCUGUAAAGGUUAUAUAUAUACAAUACAGCUUAAAUUACUUUAUUCUUAUUAUGCUAGUUUAGUUUAGUCAUUUGGUCGAACACCUCAUAGGCAACGUUGUUUUAUACUACUCCACACUUUGGAUGGAUCAAACGUUGACCAAAUCUCACAUUAUUUCUCUUAAACCACACUUCUUUUUCCUCUUCUAAUGACGAAUGAAGAACAGAUUAGGUUUCAAGGUUUAUCCACAGAUCCACUGAAAUCAAGAAUGGUGGAUAAAUCUCUGAGAAGAAAACAUGUAUCACCUGAAUCUCUACUUGUCUCUAUCCUCAAUGAUUUGUUUCUUAAUUCUCAAAAGCUUUACCCUUGUUUGCGCAAUACAACGAAUGGACCAGAUGUGUGUAGCUUCUUCAUAGGCAGCAGCUUAAAUUUUGCCAAAGUUGGAAGCUUUACGUCAAGAUCCAAUAUUGAUACAUCUCCUUUGAUCAAUGAAGCUGUGGGUAAAGCUAAAGACAAUAACUUUGAUACUGGGAGGAGUAAAUCUGAAGUUGUUGUUAGGACAAGAGUGGGAUUAGAUGUUGGUCAUCUUCUUAAAUCUGCAUUAGCUGGAGGGAUUUCAUGUGCUUUCUCUGCUUUUCUUAUGCAUCCAGUGGACACUGUCAAGACACAAGUUCAAGCAUCAACAACAUUGUCGUUUGUGGAGAUACUGUCAAAGAUUCCAGAGAUUGGUGCUCGUGGUUUAUACAAAGGCUCUGUUCCCGCUGUUGUUGGUCAAUUUGCAAGCCAUGGUUUACGAACAAGUAUAUAUGAAGCAAGUAAAUUGGCAUUACCGCUCGUUGCUCCUUCUCUCCUCGACAUUCAAGUUCAGUCAAUCGCGUCUUUUCUUGGGACAGUUUUAGGGACUACACUGCGAAUACCGUGUGAGGUAUUGAAACAACGGUUACAAGCUAACCAGUUUGAUAACAUAGUGGAAGCUACAGUUUCGACUUGGCAUCAAGAUGGGCUCAAAGGACUCUUUCGUGGGACUGGUGUUACCCUUCUACGCGAGGUUCCAUUCUACGUUGCUGGCAUGGGACUUUACAACCAAUCAAAGAAGGUGGUGGAGAGACGAUUAGGAAGAGAGUUGGAGCCGUGGGAGGCUAUCGCGGUUGGAGCCUUGUCCGGUGGUUUCACUGCUGUCUUAACAACGCCAUUCGAUGUGAUUAAAACUAGAAUGAUGACUGCUCCACAGGGCGUAGAAUUGUCCAUGUGGAUGGCUGCUUAUUCCAUUCUCACACAUGAGGGUCCUCUGGCUUUCUACAAAGGCGCUGUUCCAAGGUUCUUCUGGACUGCUCCUCUUGGAGCUUUAAACUUAGCUGGCUAUGAACUUCUUCAAAAGGCUAUGAUCACACCACUAAAUCAGUCUGUGCAUAUUGACUGAGUUUUCUUUUACUUCUAGUAUCAUUCUUUCUUCAUGUGUUUGAUUGUAACUCUACCUUAUUCAUUUUGCGGUUUGCCUGUAAAACUCAAACCUCGUAAUUAGUCAAAAAUCAAUAAAAAGACCACCAAUUUAAAGUCAA